AUGUCUAUGAAAGCCCUAAUAGGACUAAGUAUUAGACGCCAAAGAAAUGUACCUAUUGAUUUCAAAACACACGUUGGAGCCAAGUUUUGUUCACUAGACAAAGUUAUUUUCAUGUACGAGGAGUAUGCUGAGAGAGCUGGAUUUUGUACGCGGUGGGUAUUACAAAAAAAUAAAGAAAUUAAAAGAAGGAAGCUUGAUUUCGCCACACGAGAGUUUAUUGCUAAUUGUCGCAAUGCUAACAUUGACUCUACAAAAGCUCACAAGCUUCAUGUGGUUUUAAAGGAUGGCAUCAUAAUGUCCAAGGUACGAAUGAUCUUUGUUUCUUUCACCGGCGUUGAUCAUCACAAGAAGUGCACCAUUUUUGGAGUCGGGUUGUUGCAUAAUGAAACCGUUGAGCCAUACACAUGGCGUCUUCAGAAGUUUUUCGAAGCUGAUGGAAAACAACUCACUUUGAGCAGCACUGGACGAGCAAAUGUUGAUUUUGAAGAAAGUCGACCGAUCGGUGAUCAUGCUCAAUUAUCUGCAUAUCAGAGAGUUUCCAUUGAGGAUGUUUUAAAUCCGCGACCUGCAAAUCCAAAUCCAAUUGCAAGUUCAAGUGUUUAUUUAGCUGAUUAUUCGUUUAAAUAUUCUGUUGAUGAUGACAAACGGUUAACUGGUUUGUUCUGGGCUGAUGGUUUAUGCAAGCUUAACUAUAUGGAAUUUGGGGAUGUGAUAUCGUUCGAUGCAACUUUCAAGACAAACAGGUACAAGAUGGUGUUUGUUCCGUUCACUGGCAUGGAUAAUCACUGUCGAAAUGUAACACUUGGAGCUGGGUUGUUGGCAUCGAAGAGCAUUGAAUCAUAUAAAUGGCUUCUGAAUUCAUUCUUAAAGUCAUUUGGUCAGCAGCCAAAGGUUGUAGUGACAGAUCAAGACCCUGCUAUGAAACAAGCUAUUGAGGAGGUUUUCCCUAUCAGCAGACACAGAUUGUGCAUGUGGCACAUAAUGAGAAAAGUGGCAGAUAAGGCUGAUAUAAAAAACAUUUAUUGUUUAGGUUGGACACGAGUUGUGCAAUAA